AAAUGAUUAGAUGAGUUUUGAGAAUUUUGACGUGGAAUGCACUGCAUGGCACCAGAGAAAGAAGACGACGGCACCGCCACGUCGCCGGAACCACAGCCGUCACCUAGCGGCCGCUCCAUCUGCUCCUCCUGCCACCGCCCUAAUCCGGUAUGCCUCUGCCACGUGCUUCCCCCUCACCCCAUCGAAAUCUCCACACAACUCCUCAUCCUCCACCACCCUCACGAGGCGCACCACAAGCUCUCCACAACUCCUCUCCUCAUUCGAUCCCUUCUCCGCGCCACCGCCGUCACCGGCCGCCGUCUCCGCCCCGGCCUCUCCCCCUUGCUCGACCGAUCUCCUCCUCCUUCCGUUAUCUACCUCUUUCCGGCAACAUCCUCCACUCCGGCCGUCGACAUCUCCGACCUGAACGUGCAGGACCUCACGCGAAACGGCGAGAGAGAGCUUGUGUUGAUCGCGUUCGACGGCACGUGGAAGCACGCGCGUGAGAUGGUGAAGGCGAGCGAGGAGUUCCUCCAAUCUAGGUUCGCUGUUAGGGUUUGUUUGGGAGUAGAUGAGACCGUGAGUGGCGGAAGCAUCUACGAUUCGGAGUUAAUUCUGAGAAAGGAACCGUUUUCUGGUUGCGUGAGUACCAUGGAGGCCGUGGCUAGGGUUUUGAGGGUUCUUGAGCCGAAUGGAGUUGAAGUUGAGAGCAUGCUGAUUGAGAUUUUGAGGGAGAUGGUGAGGUUGCAGGCUGGGUUCUUGAAGCCGAUGAAUCCGAGGCCGAAAUUGCUGAAGAAGGCUAAGGAAAAAGAGAAGAAAAUGAUGGAAAAAGAUGAGAUUUGAAAGCUUUAGCGAUCUCUUUCGUGGAAUUCAACUGGUAUAUCGAAAUUGGUUCGCGACCAUCGUUUAAAUUGCGGCUGCGAUAGCAAUGCCAUUAGUGCAAUCGGGAGAAACUGCCAUGAUUUAGUGCUCCUGUGUUGCAGAACUGCCAUGAUUGCUGUUGCUGACUGAAAUUAUUUGCUUGUAGUCAAUGGCUAUGGCUCAGUGAGUAAACUUUUCUGUGGCAAUGUUUCUGCUUUGUCACUAAGCUGAUUAUAGAUGCCAUUUGGUCAGUAUCAUUUCUUUGUUAUGCCAAUGCUUUGGUGUACAAUUCUUGAUAGUUGAUGUGAAAAGAAAUGGAAAAUUGAGCUGGAAACAACAAAGAUGCGUGGGAAAAUCGAAGUUUGGGAUCAAUUCAUUUUUAUUAUCAUAUUCUUCCCAUAUAUCAUUCGAAUGAGCUGAAAUUGGUUUUUCAAUAUCACGACAUUCUACAG